AUGCCAUGUGAAGGCUGCAUGGAGAGGGACAAUGUGAGCAGUGGUGCAACCAUGGAGUUCAUCCUGCUCGGCUUCUCUGAGCUGCUCCAUCUGCGGGUCCUGCUCUUCUUUACCUUCCUCAUUGUUCAUUUGGUCACACUGGCAGGGAAUAUGAUGAUCUUCAUAGCGGUGGUGAUGGAGCCCUCACGUCCCCCCAUGCUUUUCUUCCUCGGCCAACUCUCUGCUGUGGAGCUGUGCUACACUUUAGUCAUCGUGCCCAAGGCGCUGCUCAGCCUGGCAGUGGGUGGCAGCCCCAUCUCCAUGCCGGGCUGUGCCGCACAGAUGCACUUCUUUGUGGCCCUUGGUGGCGCCGAGUGCUUCCUGCUGGCAGCCAUGGCCUACGACCGCUACGUGGCCGUCUGCCAGCCCCUGCGCUACGCGGCCCUCAUGGGCGAGGGGCUGUGCCUGCGUCUGGCUCUGGCCUGCGCCCUGGGAGCCUUCCCUGUGGCCCUGGGCCUGACGGUGGCCGUGUUCCGCCUGCCCUUCUGUCAGCCCCGCCGCAUCGACCACUUCUUCUGCGACGUGCCCGCCGUGCUGCGCCUGGCCUGCGCGCAGGGCUACGCCGCAGAGCUGGCCCUGCUGGCGGCCUGCGUGCUCCUCCUGCUGCUCCCCUUCCUGCUGAUCCUGGCCUCGUACCUCUGCAUUGCUGUGGCUCUGUUAGGUGUCACCUCCCCGGUGGGAAGGGGCAAGGCCUUUUCCACCUGCAUUUCGCACCUGGCCAUCACCUUACUGCACUAUGGCUGUGCCACCUUCAUCUAUAUUCGUCCCAAGUCCAGUUACUCACCGGCUCGGGACAAGGUGGUGUCUCUGGUCUACACCAACGUUACUCCUUUAAUGUAUCCCCUCAUUUAUAGCCUGAGGAACAAGGAAAUCAGAGGGAUCCUCAGGAAAAUGCUGAGGAGAAAGAAAAUAGGUGAACUGGGAUAUUAUCAGAGUUGUGAUGUGUGUGUGUGGUAA